AAUUUCAAUCUAGAAGUUUAGAACAAGCCCUAAAUUGCCCUCUAUUGUGUUCUUGUUCCUUUUUCCUCAUCUCCGUCCUUUCUCUUCUCCCAAACUACCACACAACGACCAAAAGUUCAACACCCCAACUUUGAAUCAUAAAAUUAUUCACUGAAUCACUGUCGAAAUCAGGUGAUUUAAUAAUGGACUGGCUCUUAAUUCUGCUCUCUGUUUCUGUGAUUUGGAUUGCCUCUUUAUGUAAAAUAUUGCACAUAUCUUACUUCCCCACAAAAGAUCAAUACUUCAACAUUGGCGAUACCCUACACAAGAGGGCUGUCUUGCUCGUGAUUGCACAUCCUGAUGACGAGUCUAUGUUCUUCAUUCCGACAAUUAACUAUCUGACAUCAAGAGGGCAUAAUAUUCACAUCUUAUGCUUAUCUACUGGCAAUGCUGAUGGGAUGGGAAAAAUUAGGAAAGAUGAGCUCUACAAGGCUUGCUCCAUGUUAAAGGUUCCUCUGAAACAAGUGGUUGUUCUUGACCAUCCAGAGCUUCAGGAUGGGUUUGGCAAAGUGUGGAACCACACCUUAAUUGCAAAAAUUGUUGAAGAUAACAUCAGAUCUCAUGGCAUUGAUACAAUAAUUACAUUUGAUAGUUAUGGAGUUUCUGGUCAUUGUAAUCACCGAGAUGUACAUUUUGGAAUAAGAAAGGUAUUACUUGAUUCUCAGCAAAAUAGUUUUGAAGCAUGGGAACUGGAUAGUAGCAGUGUAUUGCGGAAGUAUAGUGGACCAGUAGAUAUCUGGCUAUCCAUCUUUAUGGCCUGGUGUCUUCCUCAUAGGAAAUCUAUUUGUCUACUGAAUGAGCAUCCUUUUAAGAGCUUUCAAGCAAUGGCACAACACGCAAGCCAGUGGGUUUGGUUUAGGAAACUAUUUAUAUGUUUUUCAAGUUACACAUAUGUGAACACACUUCAAAGGAUUGUGCUUUAGACUUAUGGUUCAGGACCUGAGGUAAACUGGUUUGUACCUUAGUUUUAGGUCUCUUACAAUUUUCACCGUACAUGUGAAGUUAAAGUUUGUCAUGACUGAUACAUGGUCAGAUUUGUGGUUCAAGAUUGAAACUUAGUGGAGGUGAUUUUUGGAAGAAUUAUAAAUUCACUUUGAGAAUGUCAUUGCCGUUUACAAGAUAUUGAAAGAAUCAGUAAAUUUGCAGUAUACCCAUGAUUAUUGUUGGGAGUCUAUACACGGAUGAUGGAUCCAAGGGAUGAAAGUUCUUAGGUAACAUGUUUGUUGCAUCUUGAUUCCCGAGGAAAAACAAGUUUUGCUGCAAUGAUCUGGAUCAAUUGUUUUAAAGUGAAAAACUUGUUUGCUGAAAUUGAGGCUUAGGUUAACUAUGUUGCAAAAUAUUGGAUCCUUGUUUUGUUGAGAUUAGAAGUUAUUUGAUGAAUGCUUAAUAAUAGUAAUUUCACUGAUUUGUAAACUUAAGGUAGCAUGACUUAUUAAAAUUUGUAAUUUGGGUCACAAUCGCGCCAUUUGAAUUGAGUUUGGUUCAAGUAACGAGUCUUUCAAUUUGGCAAUGGGUUUAUUACGGCUCUGGUCUUAAGUCAGCCUAUUGUGAUAUAUUAAUCAAUGCAUCAUGUUAAUUCCUUA